AUGGAUGACGAGAUGAUGUUCAUCCUAUCUGAUGGUCCGAUAAAGAUUGAGAAGGAAAGAAGUGAAUGGACGGCCGAUGAUAAAAGAAGGAACAACCUGGAUAAUCAUUGCAUGAGUCACAUCUUCAAAUCCCUGGACAAAAACACAUUUGGCAAAGUCAGAGAAUGUAAAACUGCAAAGGAAGUAUGGGAGACAGUAAUCCAACUCCAUGAAGGAAAUGAAAGAACCAAUGAGAACAAGAUACUGGUGGCCACCCAAAAGUUUGAAAAUAUUAAAAUGAGGCCCGAUGAAACCAUGAAAGAGUUCAGUGAUUGGUUUACCAGUGUAGUGAAUGAGUUGUCUACACUUGGAAAGAAGUACGAUAACAAGGAAACUAUUGUCAAGACGUUGAGAUCUCUUCCCAGCGUUUGUGAUAUAAAGACCAUGGUGAUGCGAGAGUCCAACAACCUCAGGAAAAUAAAACUGCAUGAUGUUUUUGAAGACCUGAAGGCAUACGAAUUCGAGAUGAGAUCCCUAAUAGAAGAUAAAGCCUCAACGUCAAUCGCGACUAGAGCCCUGAGGGGUGAACAUCAACAAUCCGGUGAAGGCAAGGAGAUUCAAAAGGCAUUGAUAACUGACGAUGGUGGGAGCUUGUGGCCUCAUACCGACUCGGAUAGCGAUGACGAAGGAAUCACAUGCCUCAUGGUUAAUCAAGAAGAGGUAUUUGAUUUUUUUUGUGAAGAGUUUACCCGACAAGACCUUGUUACUGUUCACAAUGACAUGGUCAUUGAAUUCAAGAAUUUGUCAGCUCUUGUACCAACCCGGCUGAACUUCCACACCAGUGAAUCGAGUGGAACUAAGACCGAUGAACCGACUGAACUAUCUUGUGAGAAUGAGAAGCUCAAGGAGACAGUUAAAUCGUUAAUUGAAGAAAAUGAAAGAUCAAACUAUAUGAUGGCAGCUUGGAAAAGAUCUAGUGAAUCUGUAAGCCAGAUGUCGAGUUAUCAAAGACAACACAACUGUAAAUUCGGUAUCGGCUAUGACGACAGUAAAUCGACUAAACGGAAACCUUCCAACGGUUUGAAACUCGGUAAGGAUAAGCUUCAUUUUAUAAGCUUUGUUAAGAGUUCUUCAACCAAUAACGAAACAGUUCAUGACUCAAAACUGGCCAAAGAAUUAAAAUAUGUAUGUCCAACUGACACGGUUAAGAUGAACAAGCGGCUGGGAAACUCUGAAUGGUAUUUGGACAGCGGUUGCUCUAGACACAUGAUCGGAAACAACAGUUUGUUGACCGAUAUUGUUCAUGAAGUCGGUGCAAUGAUAAUUUUCGGGGACAACUCUAAAGGUAGAGCCGUGGGCAAGGAUGAGGUUCCGGUCUUUAGAAGGUUUGUCUAUGACAAAACGGUUAAUGCUGAGAUUCAGCCGGAUCAAGCUGCCUCACAACAGAAAGUUGACACCUCAUUGUCUGUUGAGAAAAUCGGUCGUCUUGACAUUGUUCAGCCUACCGAUCUGUCUAACCUUGAUCAGAUAAUCGGUCAUUUAGAAGACAUUUCUGGACCGAAUCUUAAAAGGAACAGAGAUCAUCCUCCUGUGCUUAUUAUAGGUUGUAAAAUCGACCGUAAGAGUACUAGUGGGACAUGCCAGUUCUUAGGUGACCAGCUUGUUUCCUGGUAUAGCAAGAAGCAGACUUCGGUUACAACCUCAACAGCGGAAGCAGAGUAUCUUGCAGCCGGAAGCUGUUGUGCUCAGCUUCUAUAG